AUGAAAAAAAAACAAUUCUUAGACAUCAGUAAACAACCAACAAGCAGUUUGUUUGUAGAUGGAAUUUUCCUGACCAUCGAUUCCGAUGCGGAACAUUCAAUUAUUACUCAAAUAAUCAAACUUGUCAAUUGUUCUAUUCAACCGAUCAGCAACGUACAAUNACGAAUACCGAAUUGGUGUGAUAAAGCACCAACGGUUUCCAUCAACGGACAAGUUGUUUUUGAUCGAAAAACACCUGAUAAUGGUUCAUUCAUUAUUAUUAAUCGCCUUUGGAAUAAUAACGAUGUCGUUUUAUUAACAUUACCUUUAGAUUUCACGAUUAAAACAUGGACGCAAAAUAAAAAUUCGGUUUCGAUUCAUUAUGGUCCUUUAACAUUUUCAUUGGCGAUCGACGAGCAAUACAAUCGGAUUGGCGGGACGAAUGAAUGGCCAGAAUAUGAAGUUAUAGCGAAGUCUAAUUGGAAUUACGGUUUACUUCUCUCAAGUAGAGAUCAAUGGAAAUUAAGUCGAGUGAAAAAGACAAAUUAUACAGAAAACAUCUUCACUCAAGAAAACAUUCCGAUGAAUAUUCAAGUCCGGGCGCGUCGGAUUCCACAAUGGAUAAAAGAUCAAGAGAAUGUUGUUGGAAUUUUGCCACAAUCACCAGUUGAAAGUAAAGAAAUCGAUGAAACAGUUACACUAAUACCCAUGGGAGCUGCACGACUUCGUAUUACUGCAUUUCCUACAAUUGCUCAAUAA